AUGGCGGAAGACAAUAAUAGCGGUCUAAUUUCGUCCAUCCGAGCAGCCCAGAGACUGGAUUCUCGCGGGAAACCGACUGUCCAGGUGUCUGUCACGACGGGGAAAGGAACGUUCACAGCGUUGGUCCCCUCAGGCGCGUCGGUGGGCAGCUACGAGGCCGUGGAGAUUCGCGAUGGCAAUCCCAAGGCAUACGGGGGCAAUGGCGUGCUCAUGGCGGUGCACAACGUGCAACACGUCAUCGGGCCGGUGCUGAUCGAGCAGAAGUUCGACGUGCGCAAGGACCUGAGCAAGAUCGACGAGUUCAUGGUCAAACUCGACAGCACCCACAGCAAGCAAAAGCUCGGCGUCAAUGCGAUUCUGGGCGUCAGCAUGGCGUGUGCCCGCGCUGGAGCGGCCGGAAAGGAUGUGCCGCUGUAUGAAUUCCUGCGCCAGGAGGCCGAGAUGGAGCCUAGCUAUAUCCUCCCCGUGCCAUUUUUCAACGUGCUCAAUGGCGGCGCCCACGCCGGAAACUCGAUGGCGUUUCAGGAAUUUAUGAUCGCGCCUGUUGGGGCGGAGGAUAUUGCCCAGGCGGUGCAGGUGGGAUGUGAAGUGUAUCAGGAACUGAAGAAGGUCCUUGCCCGGAAGUAUGGACCGUCAGCAACUACGAUCGGCGACGAAGGAGGCUUUGCACCUCCAAUCACCCAUCCAUCCGAAGCGCUUGACCUCCUGACGACCGCCGUCGAAGCAGCCGGACACACCGGCAAGGUAAAAUUCGCAAUCGACCCUGCAGCAUCCGAAUUCUUCAAAUCAGACCGUCUGUACGACAUCGGAUUCAAGACAGACCGCCCGCACGAGCUGUUCCCCAACCAGCUGAGCGAUCUGUACAAGCAGCUGCUGAAGGACUACCCCAUCAUCCUGGUCGAAGACCCCUUUUCGCAGGACGACUGGAACGCCUGGGCCGAGUUCCACCGGAGCUGCGCCGUCGAGCUCGUUGGCGACGACCUCCUCGCGACCAACGUGGACAGGAUGGCCCUCGCCAAGCAGCACGAUGCCUGCAACUCGCUGCUGCUGAAGAUCAAUCAGAUUGGCACCAUCAGCGAGGCGAUCAUGGCCGCCCGCACCGCAUCCAAAUUCGACUGGCAAGUCUUCGUCUCCCAUCGUUCGGGCGAGACGACAGACGACUUCAUCGCCGAUCUGGCCGUCGGCCUCGGCGCAGGCCAUAUGAAGGCCGGCAGUCCGUGCCGCGGGGAAAGAGUGGUCAAGUACAAUCGGUUGAUGGAUAUUGAGGAUGAGCUGAAGGCGACGACCAAGACGUCGUAUUAUGCGGGGCCUAAGUGGAUGAAUACAGUAUAUGCCCCGUAUCUGAAGAAAGUCCUAUAUACAUCCAUUCCAUUCCACCGUAAUGGAUCGAUCGUCAUCAUCAUCCACAGGGUUCACAUAAACAGAACCCAAAUCAAAUCUAACCCGUCUGUCCCAUACACAACUGCAGCAGCCUGGGAGAAGGAAAAAAAGCAAUUCAUGAUUUUAGUCGCUGGUCCUCGUUCUCCCGAAGAAAUAACUCUUCCUCAUACUGUCUGA